AUGGUCAUAAUCUUUCCCAAUAAUUUCACUACUUCUUCUUCUUCUUCUUCUUCUUCUUCUUCUUCUUCUUCUUCUUCUUCCUCCUCCUCCUCCUCCUUCUCCUCAUCCUCAUCCUGCUCGUUCUUCUUCUCCUUCUUCAUCAUCAUCAUCUUCUCAUGCUCAUCCUGCACCUUCUCCUCCUCCUCCUCCUUCUUCUUCUUCUUCUCCUCCUCCUCCUCCUUCUUCUUCUUCUUCUGUUCCUCCUCCUCCUCCUUCUUCUUCUUCUGUUCCUCCUCCUCCUCCUUCUUCUUCUUCUGUUCCUUCUCCUCCUUCUUCUUCUUCUGUUCCUCCUCCUCCUUCUCCUUCUUUUUCUUCUGUUCCUCCUCCUCCUCCUUCUUCUUCUUCUGUUUCUCCUCCUUCUUCUUUUUCUUCUUCUCAUCUUGCACCUUCUUCACCUCCACCUUCUCCUUCUUUUUCUUCUCCUUCUUUUUCUUCUCCUUCUUUUUCUUCUUCUUUUUCUUCUUCUUCCCCUGUUCUUCCUCCUCCUCCUCCUCCUCCUCCUUCUUUUUCUUCUUCUCAUCUUGCACCUUCUUCACCUCCACCUUCUCCUUCUUUUUCUUCUCCUUCUUUUUCUUCUUCUUUUUCAUCUUCUUCUUCCCUUGUUCUUCUUCCUCCUCCUCCUCCUCCUUCUUCUUCUACUACUACUACUCAUGUUCCUCCUCCUACUACUACUACUACUACUACUUUUAUAUGCCGUGUCAAUUCAGCACUAGAAAUCUCGUCUUCUCACGUCUCUCUCUCUCUCUCUCACUUUCUCUCUCCUUUCUUUCAUUCUUUUUUUCUUUCUCUUUUCUCCUGAUUCUUUUCGCAGUAAAGUCCGCUUCAACGACCUUUCACUUUUCGCUUGUCGUUCUUAUUCGAAGCUUCCUUUCCUUAUCGCUUCUGUUCCCGUUCUUAUUUUUUUUCGCCUUUCUCCUCCUCCUUCUCAUCCUCACACCCUUGCUGGCCAACUCCCACUUCUUCUUCUUCUUCUUCUUCUUCUUCUUCUUCUUCUUCUUCUUCUUCUUCUUGUUACCCCUUGUCGUCUGCGUAGCUGCACGACGUCUGCCCUUCCGCGCAUGCGUGUGUGCGCGCACGCGCGCCUGGCACAGCUGCGAGUGCUGUCAAUCUUUGUUCUAUUUCUAUUUCAUUUCUCUCUCUCUCUCUCUUUAUCUCCCCCUCUCUCUCUUUAUCUCCCCUCUCUUUAUCUCCCCUCUCUCUCCUCUCUAUCUCCCCCUCUCUCUCUCUCUUUAUCUCCCCUCUCUUUCUCACUCUCUUUAUCUCCCCCUCUCUCUCUCUUUAUCUCCCCUCUCACUCUUUAUCUCCCCUCUCUCUCUCUCUAUCUCCCCUCUCACUCUUUAUCUCCCCCUCUCUCUCUUUAUCUCCUCUCUCUCUCUCACUCUCUUUAUCUCUCUCUCUUUAUCUCCCCCACUUUAUCUCCCCCUCUCUUUAUCUCCCCUCUCUCUCUCACUCUCUUUAUCUCCCCCUCUCUCUUUAUCACCCCCUCUUUUUCUCACUCUCUUUAUCUCCCACUCUCUCUCUCACUCUCUUUAUCUCCCCUCUCUCUUUCUUUAUCUCCCCCUCUCUCUUUAUCCCCUCUCUCUCUCUCUCUCUCUCUCCUUGCCUUUUCUUUCUUUCACUUCUAAAUUCUUGUUACUUUUUGGUACUUCUAAAUUUGCCUUCCUCUCUUUCUGCUUCCUUCUGUAUUUUUCUUCAUUGUUUUUUACCUCGUUUUUUUUUAUUUUUUUCAUUUUUUUAUCAUUCAUUGCUUCAUUUGUCUUUUGCUUUGUCCUUGUCGUUUCAUUCUUUUCCAUCUUUCUCUUUCUCUUUCUCAUCUCUUUUCUUUGCUGUCUUCAUCAUCCUUCUCUUUUAAUCCUUUGUUAUUUUGAGUUUCUUGCUUCAUUCUCUCUCUCUCUCUCUCUUUCUCUCUCGUUUGCUCUUUCUGUGUUCUUAUCGAUCUAUCUAUCUAUCUAUCUGUCUGUCUGUCUCAGUCUGUCAUAUCUAUCUAUCUAUCUAUCUAUCUAUCUAUCUAUCUAUCUAUCUAUCUAUCACUGUUCAUAUCUACCUACCUAUUUAUCUAUCUGUAUCAGUCUGUUCAAAUCUCUCUCUUUUGAUCAGUAUCUAUCUAUCGCAGUUUGUUCAAUAUCUAUCUAUCUAUCUAUCUAUCUAUCUAUCUAUCUAUCUAUCUAUCUAUCUAUCUCUGCCUGUUCAGAUCUAUCUAUCAAUGUCAGUAUGUUAAUAUUUAUAUCUAUCUAUCUAUCUAUCUAUCUAUCUAUCUAUCUAUCUAUCUAUCUAUCUAUCUAUUUCAGUUUGUUCAAUAUCUAUCUAUCUAUUUUCUAUCUAUCUUCCUUUAGUCUGUUCAUUUCUAUCUAUCUAUCUAUCUAUCUAUCUAUCUAUCUAUCUAUCUAUCUAUCUAUCUAUCUAUCCCAGUCUGUUCAUUUCUAUCUAUCUAUCUAUCUAUCUAUCUAUCUAUCUAUCUAUC